AUGUCAGAGCUUAACCCACCAAAAAUCAUUGCUACUGAUGGAAUCGCUCAAAUCGAAGGCUUUGUUAAUGGAAACGAAACUUUAAAACCGGUCGAUUUAAUCGUUAAAGGAAGCUUACCUUCAUGGUUAAAAGGUGAAUUAUUCACUGUUG